CGGCCAGACCCCAAGAAGGCAGCGAGUAGUGGCCUCGACGCCUGUCUUUGGUCGUGGCACCGCUGCCUGCGAACCUCCCUCGCCCUCAGUCAGUGCUGGACCCUCACACCAGAGACAUCAUGCUCCGCGCGGCCGUCCUCUCCGCCCUACUGGCUCUCGCCACAGCCCAAGGUUUUGGCUACAACGAGUGCCCAGAGAAAGAAGGAGUCCAGACGUACCCGCACCCUAACGACUGCAAUUCCUUCUACUUGUGUGUAAACGGCACCCUGACUGAGGAAUACUGCGAGAAUGGCCUCCUCUUCGAUGGCAAGGGUGCUGUCCAUAACUACUGCAACUACUACUGGGCCGUUGACUGUGGGGAGCGUAAGGCUGAGGUGAUUCCCCUGGCCCGUGGCGCCUGCGAGUACUCCUUCGGCCUGUUCUCCCAGGGGCCCUGCGAGACUUAUUUCACCAAGUGUGUCUACGGCGAGCCCAUCGACGAGCCUUGCACCCCCGGCCUGGCCUAUGACGAGAGGAUCCACGGUUGCAACUGGCCCGACCUCCUUGAGUACUGCAAUCCCGAGGAGGUCGUUGGCUUCAAGUGCCCAGCGUACGUGGAUAGCAAGGACCCCGCCGCCAAGUUCCUGCCCCACCCUCGCUAUGCCACCCAGGACUGCGGCCGCUACAUUGUCUGUGUGGAGGGCCUGCCCCGCCUGGUGGGCUGCGGCGACUACACUGUGUUCAGCCCCGACACCCUGACCUGUGAAGAACCCGAAUACGUCCCCAAGUGUGCAAACUACUUCAAGAAGUAAAGAAGAAAGAGGAGACAGCACUCAGCAGGCAGAGAAUGAAAGAUAAGCCAUUGUAAGUCCUUCCCCUCCGCAGAACCUCCCUCCAUUGCUCCGUAGUCCCUUCCUUCCUGUACUGUGUAGUUGUCAUUGCGGCCGUGGGGCAGCUUCUGCCGCACCCUGUAGUGGUAGCCAGUGACCAGCCUGUCCAGUAGAGGGGUAGUGUAAUGCCAGACCACACACACUAAUUUAAAUGCUCUGAAGUUGACCGUGAUAUUAAUUUUAGCAACUCCUUCUUGAAAUCUGAAUAUUUUUGUACAAAAUCCUGUAGUUACUUGUCUUCAGAACACAACUGUUACAGCUAUUCUCAGGUUUCAGCUGUUCUAGCUUGAAGUCUGAAUAUUUUUAUACAAAAUCAUGUAUUUACUUAUCUACUGAAUGCAAACAUUAUAGCUAUUCUCUUUAAAAUUUUUGCCCGGUGACUUCCUUCACGGGUUCAUCUCUGUCCUUCCGUCGCCUCCGCCUGUACCGCCCACUGACUCAGUGGCCUCACGCAUCAACCUUGGAUCCUAUCAAAUAUAUAUAAUUGGUCUA